ACGGACAAGUUUGCUCCUGGCCUUCCCUACGUUGUUUUUUCUCGGGCCAGUACGCGGCCAUAAAGUUUUAUCCAGCAAAAUUCUUGGGAAAAACAGAAGGAAAGCCGGGCCCCACAAAAAUGCUUGUCCAUAAACAAAAUGUCUCUGACAUGGUCAGUUAAACACAACUUCCUCGACAAUCUCCUCGACUCCCAUCGUCAAGGCGGCGAUGGAGCAAUACAUCAAGGAUUGGCGAGAUUUCUUGAAGAGCACAGUAAGGCUGGACAUUAUUGUAUUCAUUGCGAUUCACAAACGGUAGGCCGACUAGAGGUACGAUAAAGUAUUUGAAAACUCGGGAAUUAGUGAAGAAUUGAUCUGAAAUAGUUGUAGCUUUGUGAGGCUAGUGAGAUAUAAAAGAUUACAAUAAAAGGAGGCUUAUAUUCAAAAUUAAUUUUCAGUUUCAAAUGAGUUAGGUUUUGCUAAACAUGGAAUUGUAACGAUUCGAGGGUUGGGGGGGGGGCGGAUAUUAGAAACUGCAAAACCGCAAACUGUUUCAAAGGUCCAAAACAGCUAUUCUUUUCUGCAAUUACCUUUUUACUUAAAACUGAAAACCGGACGACGAAAGACUGCCCAACAGAUCAGAAAAAAAAUCUUCUUUUCGGGGAUUGUCUUUUUGUUUAAAACCGGAAACCUCACAGCACGGACUUAACGGAAUAUCAAAUACGAAAAACCGUUUUAGUAUAUUGGCUGAAAACCGAAAACCGCAACGCAUCCGCAAACGCAACCGGGAAACUCUAAACCGCAAGAGGCACAAAGCCGAUCCCACAAAUGGUCAAAUCCGCAAAACUGAAAUUUCCAAUGCUCUCAUCAGGUGCUCUUAAUUUCGUUUUCGAAUUCUGGAAGGGCCGUUGCAAGAACCACUACAGUAACGAAUGAACUCAAAUAGUGUUGAAGACCUAUUUUUAGUAACUUUUAUACAGAACUGAAUAAGAAAUAGGGUGAGGAGGUGGGGGGGGUCGUGUUUUGGAUGGAGAAGGAUGUUUAUGGUAAUGAAUGAGGUGCGUUAUUUUAGAAAUGAGUAAUAAUUCCUCCCUGCAUACGAAAGGUGAGUUUUGAUUGCUUAAAAAUCCUCUAAGAUAGCUAGUUAGUCUAGAAUCUUUGCCUCACCUUCGGUAUUGUGUCCUGUAUCUUUGCGAAAGAAACAAAAAACUCUUAAAACGAAAGAGGAGCAGAGGUACAACCCCACCGUAAUUCUUGCAGUCUCUUUAAGUAAUUCUCUUAUCUGACGGUAGUUUAAUAAUUAGCAUCCUUUAUUCAUCGGAUAAAAAUACAUGUCAGAUGUUACAUUGAAAUUUUAAGAAGCAAGCACAAAGUACAGUUGUAUCUAAGUAAACAAAAAACGUAAAAAAAUUAUAAAAUCUAAUUGCACAGCUAGGUUAUACUUUUUUUAAUCUGUGGAAAAAACUGGGCUAUUUUCAAAAUCUUAAUAUUGGCAAGUAAAUUAAGUAAAUCCUGAAAGAAAAUCUAAUAUCUAUACAGGUAAGUUAUGCUGUGACACUGGAUAAGCUGUUUCGGCCUUUUCUUAUGCAAAAGUAAUUCCUUGAAUUUACUAAUUAAAAGUGUUAACCCGCAUUGCAUAGCAUUUGCACCCGUCCAGUCCACAAAAUUGGACAAGGCAAUGUCAUGCAGAUCGAUCAGGUAAACCCAGUCUAGGGAUAGUUACUAAGAGAGUAGGAUCAUCUGCAUAUUUAAAUAAAGAUCAUCUUGCUCAUCUCUUUCUAAGCGGAAGGGUCAUUCAGGAACAAAUUGAAAAGAUAUGGUCCGCUAACAGUCUGCCCUGCGUUUGUACCUUUGUUUACAAUUUCCACUCGCAUGUUACGCUAUACUGUACGUUUUACUGAAGUUUCGUUGAUCGAGGUUCUUUUUCAUAUAUUUUAAAUAUAACUAUGACCUUGGCCCAAGGCAAAGCCUUUAAAUUAAGAAAGACGUCAAUUUCAUUUUUUUAAGAAAGCAUCUGUGUGACUAUAAAACCGGCAUAUGUCUAGUUAGUUUAAGUACAUCAGUGCAUGGGUUCAUGUUAAUAUGUAAAUUCAUUAUACGUUUCACAUUGUAAAUACUUUGCAGUUUCGAUUCGUUUAUUUUAACUAAUUGUUCUUUGGUUUCUUUUUGUAAUUUUUUUAUAGUUUGAUGAUGAUGGCGAUGUUUUCGUUUGGCUUGUUAAUUAGUUGAAAGGAAAGGCAGAAAGGUCUUAAAGGUACUUUAAGACAAAAUACGGCUCACUAAAGCUGUUUUCUUAGAGAAAUGACUUGCCAAUGACAAAAUUGCAUUCUUCUUCUCCAACAAAUAAUUUGCCUUCUAAGAGUUACAUCGAACAAUACAAACAACGUCUGAAAGUGAACUUUUAACGAAUGUUAAGCUAACAAGUUUUCAAAAUAUUUGUUUCAAUCUUUUUCAAGUUUGUCCAUCCGUGACGUGCUUUCUUUUGUAUUUGUUGUGUUAUUUAUGUUCUUUUAAUGUUCUGAGCGGUUAUUUUUAUGUUUCACUCAAACUUAGUGACACUUAGUGAGUUAAAUCCUCUAUUCAUGCUGUUUGAAUUCUGAUAAAUUUUGUGACUGACACAGCUCGCUCCUUUAAGUCCUGUCUUUCAAGCUACGGUCUCAGCAAGUCAGUGUGAAAUUUGUCAUUGUUGAAUUUGAUAUUUUUCUACACUACUCUUGAAGAAGAAAAUCUAUUUCACAUUGACUGAAAAAGUGACCAUUAAUACUUCUUUUGAAUUUAUAUUUGAAUUGAGUUUCGAAACGUUGGAAUCUGUGAAACAAAUCUUCAAAAGUGUGACUAUCAAUUUGUCCUUAUAGGAACCAUUUCUCUCUUACUUCUACAAUGUUUAGACAUCCGGUUCAACCCAGUAGGGUUGAAACCUAUUCAUUUUCUCCUUAAAAGGUCUUUCCGACGGACAUAGAAUACAUAAUUAUCAUACGGUGGAGUUACGAAUCGUUAUGCUGAAACAAAAAGAUUCUUAAUCAGUAAUGCAUUCGCUCUCGGGUCAGUUGGACGGGAAGGGCUUCUUCUCUUCAUCCGUUAAGUCUCGCAGCGUUUUCUGUACUCCUUCUUCUACCGUAAAAUUCCGAAGAUAAGCCCCGAGGCUGAUAUUUUUCAAAGGCCCUUUUUGAGGGGCCUAUUUUUGGAGGGGCUCAUAUUCGGAGGGGCUUAUCUAUUCGGAGGAAAAUUUGCGUUUCAAAAUCGAUUAGGCUAGCCUUAUAUUUGGAAGUAAAUUUACCGUUUUUGCUUUGUUUUACUUUGUAUUUGAGGGCAAUUUUACAGGUACAAGCCCCAGGGGCAGGGGGGCUUAUAUUGUAAAAUUUGGAGGGGCUUAUUUUCUUAAUUUUAGGGUAUCUCAUCAUUCAACCCAUGGCUACCUUGUUUCGUUUCGACCGUUUGGAUUUGCAUACUUUAGCGGAUACUACACUGCAGUAUGUGGUAAAACGGUGUCACAUCAACUGAAUCUGAUGUGAUCAUUUAAUUCUUUUUAAACAUGUUAAUAGAAUACUUAAAUAGAGAUUAAUUGUAAUAAGUCUUUUAAUUUUCGCUUUGAGAAUGUUUGACUUUCUAUACAACUACUCGUCUUUAUAAGCUUUCUUUUUAUGUAAUUAAGUACACAACUAUCGGCAGUUAUGUUGCAGUCACUUCUGAUUAGUGGUAUGGAACAUAAACUUUCCCUUUAUUAAAAACCGCAGUUACAGGUAAGUUUCGAAACUAAAGAUAUCACUUCCACCUUGAAACUGUUGUCUAUAUUUAAAUACCACUACUCGCAUCUGUUUGUGCAUAAGAUCGCUGGUUUUGUGAAGAUUUGUGUUACCUUGAUCGAGCUGUGCCAACUGCUCGCGAUGAAUGCGCUAAUAUCGAGCUUUUCUAUUUUAUUAAGAAACUCUAAACGAUCCUUGCUGUAUGGAUCGAUGGCGGCUUUAACAAUAGGCUUGCAAGAGCUAUUUGAGAGCGUGGUUUUCGACUGUCCAUGCGAAAGACACUUUGUUUAUGGCAUGGCAUUUCUUUGGGCUCCAUCUUUUCUUCUCUUUCUUCCGGGAAUUCUGUUGGAAAAAAAAUUAUGGCGGAAGUUCCCAAGGAGAAUUUACAAAACGGAAAAUGCUGAAAAGCCGAUUACUCGCCAGUUCAGAACAUUGUUGUUAACUCUGGAGAUGUUUGUACGAGCAAGUGUGGCACCAAUCGCCUGGUUAGUUAUGUCCUUUCUUCAACAAAAAUACUACACGUGCGCAUAUUUUGGUCCACCGCUUGACAGAGAUAUAGCACGGAACAACGCUACCGACGGAUGUUAUUCAAAGUUAGGCGCCCGAUCUAUUGAGCUUGAAGACAGCUAUAAAACCAACAGUCAGAUGGCUGGCUGGUCACUGAUGAUCAUCACUAUGCUCACUCUGUUUGCCUCUGUUUUCAUUCGUCGAUGUAACGAAAAAGGAAAGCACCUUCGAAUGCCCAGUCGUCAGUAUUACCUCUAUGUUGAAGCUAAGGAAGCCUUGGAGCAGUUUCACACCAAAGCAAAGGAACUCGCCAAGCAGAACGCUACGAGAAAUGUACAGAUCUUUUUCCAGAAUGCAAAUAAAAAGGGGUUCGAUGAGAGCAUCCAAGAAGUUGCAGAAAGCUUGCUUUCUAAAUAUGAAAAGUUUUUCCCCAUACCACCUGAAAGCCCAACAUAUACCACACCUGUCGUUAUGGUAGACAAUCCUCUGAAGUAUCCAGAAUUGUUCUCAGAGAUAGAUGGUCCACAAAUCCCAAAGGAUGAAUACCACAGGCAUACCACGAUAGAAAUCGAUGAAGACUCGAAACAA